GGCAGUUUCAUGUGUUUUUGGAGUUAUGAAGUGCUCUAAUAACGAUGUCGAUUGCAAAAGGCAUGGUGAUAAAGAAGUGACAACAGAAUAUUUAGAAAAGUUUACAAAAAUGGUAAUAUGAUGAUUUCUAAGAAUGAACUUAAUUUACAGAUUCGAGAUGCAUCAGUCUUGGCAAGUAGAUUAUCAUCAAAUGAACUAUUACCAGCAUUUCAAAUAUCAUUCCAUUUGAUGGCGAAGAUUAGUGAUGUGAUGCUGAACGUAUGUACAUCUUCCAGAAAUGAAUCUUAUGGUAUCAUCAGCCCUCAAAUACCUUGGAAAUACCCUACCUACUCACAUUCUAUAGUAAAUGAUGAUUCACCGAUGGGCGUUUGCUCCAUGAAAACACAAUCUACAAAUGAAAUAUGCAGUAUCAACAUGGGAUAUGGCAACACAAUGUAAUGGCUCAGGUUACCAGACCUUAAAUCUCCAUAUCUCAUCUUGUUGUUCCAAUCUCUAAAUCUUUUUUCAUCAACGAGUGACACCAGCCGGAGAACCAUUAAAACCCCAGAGCAAAGGACUGGUGUUUCGUCGAAGCUUAGGACUUGUGAAUCAACAGAAGUUGGAAAAUAUGAACUAUUGAAUUCCAACUGAGUAGCAGAGUGGUAACCUGCUCAAUGCAAGAACUGGCUCUCCAAGUCUCGGCACCACAACUGAAUAGUGCUUCAAGUUUUUAAGGGUCCCUCACCUGUGGUAAGUCUGUUAUAAAAAAUUACUUUGGAGCAAAUUAGUUCACAAAAGUAAGCAAUUUAAACCUAAAUAUUUUGAAGAACUAUUUGAAGGCUUACAUUUAUUCUCAUUACUCUUUCUUCUAUGUUUUAUCCUAUAGAAUGAUGACUGCGAAACCGAUCAUCAAGAACAGCAAAUGAAAUUAGCAGUAGAAGAUGAAAACCUCUGUGACUCCGGUAUUUCCUCGAAUAAGGACGAAAAUGCAACAAUAUGUUUUCAGAGACCCAGUCCAAGAAAUGAAAACCACAGUCCAAAUACCUUUUUGCACAAAUCUGUCUCUUCACCAAACACAAAUGAGUCAAACGUUAUUGACGUCGAUGAAAGCUAUCCAACUACUGAUAAGUGUGAAGUUACUGAAACACAUGAAAUGAAUGAGAAUAGUUCCAAAACCUACCUAAAAAAGCAAAACAUAACACUUCGAAAAAAUUGGAAUGAUAAGCAGUUUGAAGACGGACAGGGUUCUUCAGAUGUCUCAGAUCAGAAUAAUUUUGAGCUAAAUGAUUCCCAAAUGACAGCCAAGUUUCAGGUUGAUACCAAACGAUGGCGCCUAACCAGUGCGGAUAAAUUAAACACGCUUAUUGAUGAGUGUGAACGUCAAAUAAACGGUCGAAAGUUAUAUGUAUGUAAAUUUUGUGGGAAGAUAUAUGAAAUUAAAAGCAGCAUGCGUUACCAUAUGAAAAUUAUUCAUCUUCAAAUGCACUUACGAACUACAGAAAUGCAAUGCCGCAUAUGUGGUAAACAGUUUACAUGCGUGAGUGCUGUUAAUCGUCAUCAAUCAAAGUGUAUUCUGUCGUCUUUGGCGGAAUCAAGAAUGCAAAACAACGCCGUUUCCAACCCAUUUACUACUACCACACCACCAGCAGAAGAAAUUAACUCUCAAAUCCCUUUGAGUUCGUUUGAUCCAUGGACACCUGAUAACUCUAAAAUAAAUCCUAGUCCUAAUCACAGUACACCUCUUUCAGAUUCGAAUGUAAUUUUAGGAUCAAUGAACUCGUCGAAACUGAACAAUGUUAACUUUCAAAGUGCAUUUCAUGUUCCAGAAGUCUGUGCAGCACUCUUGAAUCAGACAGCUUAUACUUCACAAUUAGGACUGGGUGUUAAGAAUUUGGUUCCUCAGUCUCAUUUUGUUAGCUUCCUAAAUAAAUCUGAAAAUAUAGAUCCUAAGAGUUUGAGUUUCCAGCCUUUAUGUGAUAUGCAACCAUUUCUAAGUUCUGUCAACAAUCCGACGGAGUGUUUUGAUUCCCAGCUGCAUUCGUCAAUUUGGUCUUCAAUGUCUAGUUUAGGAUAUAAUUUUUCUGAACUUACUCCUGCACAAAUUGAUAUAUGUAUGAAAGCAGCUGUUCAAGGCAUCCGUUCAACAACAGAGAAAUACACUAAUGCUAACGAUACCAUGAAUCAAGAGUCAGAUCAUUUUGGCCAAACUUCAGGAGAUCCAUCUCAGACAGAUGAGAUGCAGUGGAACCCAGCUAAAAGAUCUGAUUUACCUGAAACAAAAAGACCUUUGACAUCACAAACAAAUGAAAUAGCUAUGGAUCUAUCUUCUCGUCCAAGAUCAGCUACACUUAUGAUACAGUCUUUUUGAAUAAACAUAUAUUUAUAUCCAGCUAUCAGAUUCACUUUUACUUUCUAUAACAGUUCAGGUAAUUUGUUUAACUAUUCCUUUAUUCAGAGUCAACAUUGAAGUUGGUGUAUAAUCAGUGACAGAGAUGAAAAAAGGCAUUUAAAAACCACCUAACCAAGUAACCUCUUUAUCGUGCAUGCAUUGCAUCUUUCCUUAUGUGCCUUCCCCAUGCUACCUUUUGUAUUCCUAAAGUGCCUUAGAUUAUCUUAUAUACGCUUCUUUAAAUUCCGUACAUAGCUUCUCUCUUACACAAGUUCCUCAUCAACUCCUUCAACAUUUCUCACAGAUAAGUAACUUACAAUAUAGGAACCAGUUUCCACUAGUACUACCACUUUACUGCUUUUUUUCCUUGUUUCCCUCCUUCAUACUGUCAGCGUCAUUUUUGUUUGUUUGGCUAUUAAAGUUCAAAUACCGGUCAAUUUUUGUUCCUAUUGAGCCUUUCAAGUCUUAUGUGUUUCCACAAUGUUAGGAUUUUUCAUAGGUGAUUAAAAUGCAAUAAGUUGAAUAUAUUUUUACUCGUUGGCAAUUAUUUCUUCAGCUAAUAUACACUGUUGUUAUAUGAUGUUAAGUUACAAGUGUUUAAAGAAUGUAUACAAAUUCGCUUAUACGCAUAUAUUUUACCUUGUUUUUUUCUCGCUGUUAUGUUAUUACGUUAUAUUUUCAUUUUAUUAAUUGAGAGCUUUUGAAUG